AUGCUAUCAACAAAAUUCCAAAGACAGUUUUUACUUUCAAUUUUAAGUAAGCAGUCGCAGAAUGGAGGCAGAAAUUAUGCGACGGCCAAACGGUUUUACCGACGUGCCGAUAUAGUACAAAACGAAAACAAAUGGGAGGUUACCUUAGAUCAUCGGAGGUUAAAGACACCCAACGGUCUGGUUUUUAACGUUAAUACUGAGGGCCUAGCAAGAGCAAUCGCUGCAGAGUGGGAUGCACAGCACGACGGAAUCUCUCAACCUUCAAUGCAUCUGACUGCUCUAUGCAAUACUGCAUUGGACAAUCCAGGAAAACUCAACAAACAUGAUAUAGCUAUCCACCUACUUGAAUAUCUAGCUACAGAUACGGUCCUCUUCUUCUCAGAUGAGGAAGAGGAGUUAAGACUUCUACAGGAACAAAAGUGGGGCCCAGUUUUAGAAUGGUUUGAAAAGAGGUUUAAUAUUAAGCAGGAAGUUUCAAGGGACUUCCAGCCUCCUCCUGUCACUUCAGAAACAAGAGCAGUGUUAGCUAGACAUUUUCUUUCAUACGACUUUCCAGCAUUAAAUGCUAUGAAUUUUGGAACAGAAGCGUUAAAGUCUCCAAUAUUAAUGUUGGCCUGUGUGGAUAGAUUUUUACAACCAAAGGAAGCUGUGAUGCUAGCGAGAUUGGAGGAAGAAUACCAGCUUCAACGAUGGGGUCGUGUUCCAUGGGCUCACGAGUUAAACCAAGUAGAACUGACGUCACGAGUGGCGGCGUCACUUCUUAUCAUACAGAAUUCAACAGAACUACACACAGAAAAGGCUAAAAAGAAAGCAGAGGAAUCAUGA